GCACGUGACGAAUGAGGGAACGCCGGGUCCCGACGCGCCAGUCUGGACGUCGAGCUACAGCCGCGGCUGAAACACCAGCUACAGCCUCUCGCUCCUUGUGUUCGCCUUUUUCGGCAGCCGUUUUGCCUUGUGUUGCUUCCGUUUGCUUGAACUUGGCGACGACUGCGCAUGUAUUUUUGUGCCUGUGUGUAAACGGUGGUUGUCAAUACGCCGACGUACAUUGUAGCCAGUGGUUAGCCGCUCUCUUGCUGUAUGAGCUUGGAGCUUGGGCUCCACGGUGUGCGCAUGGUGUUACAGGGUUGAUCGUCAACGCGGAAUCAUGUCAACGUGGUCAGUGAGAAACGUGACAGUGCAGACGGGAUGGAAGCUGUAAGAAGCACCACGAAGACACGCCCCGUCACGAAUCCCACUUUUAUGGCUUAUCAAGUUGGAAAACCAACGGCGGCAUUCCCCUGCAUAGCCCAUUUAGAGAGAAUUAUCACAUCGAAGGUGACGUCGUACCUUCCUCAACUCAGCAGGACAGCUCUGAUGUGGUGGUGUAGUGCGAUGCUACUAGUUAUUGUGCCUGUCGUCGCCGCCAGGGCUGCCUAUAGCGCGGACAGCAAGGACGGCAGGCCUUUUGCACAACGUUUGUGUCAGAACUGUAACGACACAGUGGUCACGGAGGACGAGCAAGACACGGGGCUUAUCAGCGAGUGGGCAGUUACGACACUCUCGACGCUGGAGGAAACGACGUCGAUAAAGAACUCAGAGAAGGACGUCGACGGUGCGAGUAUCGGCAACGCCAUCAACGACACAAAGGGAGUGAUAGCGGUGGCUUCCCUGUGCUCCGAAGGUUCGUGUCGAUGCACGGGUGCGGGAGAACCCUCAUGCCCAGAAGGCGUAAGCGUAGUGAAGGACGGAUGCAACUGCUGUAGCAUCUGCGCCAGGCAGCAGGGAGACACGUGCAACGCUGUUCAACUGUGCGAUGCCCGCAGGCAACUACACUGCGUCUACUCUGCACGAAACGCCACUAGUGGAACGUGCAAAGUGGUGCAGGGUCAGGCAUGCCAGGUAGAAGGCGGAGGUCAGUACAAGGACGGAGCGACGUUCAAGCUGGAUUGUCGCACGCAGUGCUCGUGUCAGAACGGCACGUACGGCUGCGUAUCACUUUGCCCCCACGAAGGCUUUCGGCCAUCGGCUGAGUGCCGCAACGCUCGCCUCGUUCGUCUCCGAGGAAACUGCUGCCGGGAGUGGCUCUGCGACCAUGAGCCCUGGAAGCAACCCCGAAGUGGCGCAGGAGGCUUUGGCCAAGUGGCAAGAGGUUGCGAUCGGCAUGCGAGUGAGUGGAGUCCUUGUUCCGCCACGUGCGGGGUUGGGGUCUCCCGGCGGGUGGCGGUCGAUUCCGACUGCCGGACCAGGAACGAGACCCGUAUCUGCAUACUCAGGCCCUGCGAUGCCACGGGAAAAACGAGGGCCCCCGGUGCACGCCACAGGACAAGGAGGAACCACUUGUGCCGUGCGACAGUGAGGGCGUCGUGCCCUCAGCAUUACACAGACGGCUUCAACUGCACCACGGUCAAGCCCUACCAGCCCAAGUUCUGCGGAAACUGUCCCGGUCGUCGCUGCUGCUUUCCGUCCCUCGCGAAUACGAUUCAUCUCGAUUUCAAGUGCUUCGAGGACGGAGAAUGGACCGUGCGCAAAAAGGACGUCAUGUCGAUCAUGAGGUGCCGCUGCAAGAGCAAGUGCUAGCAGACAACUACGGGCUACUAACGACCAGCGGUUUCAUUACGUGUGCCUGAAUUCUUCAUGAACUUAAGGGACAGUGAACAAGAGCUACGAACAGCUGCCCAGGACAGAAUGGAAAGACAGAGGCCGACUGUGUUAUCUAAAUCGUGUGCUUCAUCCUACAACAGGGUCGAUAACGUUUGCGUGUACAGCGUAAAGAUGACAUGGCGUGUUCAGGGAAUGCCCCGUGCUUCCCGGCAUGCAGCGAUGUUCUAUAUCGUCAUAGCAGGGAUCAAUACGAAGCGGGGAAUGCACGACAUGGCGAUCGAUUCGCGUGUCGGCAACUACUGCUUUGUUGCGUUUGUGGAGAAACUUGGGAGACACCAUGUUGACACUCUGACUGGUUACGGCUUCUUGAAGAGGUUUAGCUUGAAGGACAUUGAAUGUUCGUUCUGUGCAUUAUAAUUUUUAUCAAACUGUGUGUUGAAGAGCGACCGGCUUUCAAUGCUCUGACUGCCAUACUGAUUGUUCUGCUAAAGACAAAUAGGGUGGUUGAGUCUAUACUGUUAUAUUGUGGAAGAAAAACUGAGUGGCUGAAGAAGGGCCAGUCCGAGGUAUCGAUUCAUUGAUUGAAGAAACAAAAAAAAAACGUGGAGAUGUUAGUCCCAAAACGCACUCGGGACUGGUUACUCCAGUACGCGGAGGUAUUGCUUAUAUGUUAAGCGGACCAUUUCAGGUAGUCCCAGCGCUCUGUGGGAAUAGAGAAUGCUUUUCACGUUUCGGUUUCGCUGGUCAUCAUGACACUCCGCGGACUAUGGGUCGGGAGAGGAGAAAAGGAAAGAGAUUUUGAGACUUGCUCCUCCCUCCUCACCACAGAGUUCCCACAAUUCAAAGCGGCGUUAUGACCUCUGGGAUUUUAUGAAGUCGUCUACGUGCUGAUGCUUGUGACGAGCACCAAGUCAUGUGUCAUAUGUUUUCUUAUUGUUAUGGUGGCCGCUUACCAUUUUUGCAACCGCAAUUUGCUCGAACUCCACGAAGACGCUACAAACUACGCAACGGUUGUCCGUCGUUGCUUUGAAGAAGUCAUAACUCUUAAUUUUCGAGGCAGAAGGCAAUUUAAAGAGUUACAGAAAUGGGUUGACACAGAAGCCCUAGUAUUUUCAAUUCAACAUAGCAGCCUGCCCAAUAAGCCCUGCUCAACAGACGUUUAUGAAUUCAACUGUGGCGGAAUUGGUUGGGCUUCUUCCCUUAAAAAUUUCUGUUUACAGUAUACAGGCUACGAUGUUUCAUUCGAAUACUGCCUAUCAUUAUUACAACGUUACGAAGCCAAUCUCGAUGGAGUUUUAGCUAAAGCGACACAUAAGGCAAAAUAAGAAGUGAUCCGUUAGACAAAAUGCAGAAGUCUUGGUUAACUCAGAUCAUUGAAACCCAGAACUUCUAGGGAAGCAUGUAAGUUCAUCGACUCCUUUUUAAGAAGAUUUUAAGUCUGCCCCUGGGUUUCUAAAAGUUCGCCUUACAGGUAAGGAAUGAAGAACAAUGGGACGUACCUCGAGGAAACCUUCAAAAUGUAUGUUACACUGAUUGUAUAUAUCGACUAUUUUACCUCAAAAGUAUGAGCUACGCCUAACUGCAAAUGUGUACAUAGCAUACAGACGGUCAUUGUUAUGUACGUGCAUAUUUCAAAAUGGUUUGUUAAACGGCACCUAAAGAGCAGCUAACGGCUCACAGCAUAUCAAUAAACAAUGAAAAGUAUUUCAAGAUCAAUGUAGACAUUUCAAAUGCACCGGCAGACUGUGCGCUUGGCACGUAGACACAGCUAUGCAACACAUCAUUUCGGUCUCAUAUCGCACGGUUUGCAUGCAGCCACAGCGCGUGUUGCACACCCUGUGGUAUGAGCCUUCACAUUUCCUUUUUACUCAAAGCAUUAACAUUGAAGACAGCCUUAAAAUGGAUGCUCCAUAGCGCAGACAACUUGGAACUUUGA